UAUUAUGUAUAAAAAGUAAGAGUACACAUCAAUUAGCAGCAGAGCUGGCCUGGCCUACCAUCCAAAUGAAGUUCUCUAUUGUGAUUGCUUCCCUUCUUGGAGUUUUCCUGGCUCCUGCUCUUGCCAACUAUAACAUGGAGAACAACUUUAAUGGGCAGCCCAGUGAAAACUCAAGCCACUCUGAGAUCAGGCACAGCACCAACCCAAGGGAUGGGUCUGAGCCCUGGAAAACCAUCUGGGACUUCAAGACUGGCUACGUUGCAACCAAGGUGUUUUCAAAGAACACCUGCAUCAUUGCAACAACCAGCAAGAGGUUUUGGCUUGGCAAACAUCUGCCUACACCACCUCCAGGAGAGAGACUUGGGCCUUACCAAUUGCCACCCAGAGAGAAUCGCUUCAUUAUCUCCAGGAACAGACUCCAAAGCUUGAGCCCGUAUGGAAAACGCAUCCAAGCCCUGUGCAGAGGAAUUCCCUCCUACCUCGCUUACCCAGCUCCUGGAUCGAACUUUUUAAGAGGAUCAAACUUUUCAUCAGGAUCCAACUUCUCAGAGCGAGACAUUUCAUGAUUGAAAUUUAAGAUCAAUUAACUGCCUGUUUUUUACUGUGGUUACUCCUGACAAAGUUUGCAGAAGAAAAUUCAUAGAACUGUGUACCAUAAGUAAGAUUUUUCUCCUUGAUAAUCUUCACUUGAUCAUAUUUUCAAUCAUUUAUCUUUCUUCUGCUCUGUGUGGAAGCUGUUGAGUUUCAA